UACAAUCUAUUACUACACUGAACCUCGAGGAGAUUAAACGUAUUUUUCGUUUCCUAUGCUCAGUCGAGUUCUCGGGUUUUUUUCUCUGUUGCAAACGUGUGAUUGAUAGUCUUUCAAAUAAAAACGUAACUUGUGGUUCCUGUAGGAGACUUAGUCGAGUAACUUGCUUGUGCAUUUUUUCAAGUGGUUCUUAUCUUUUGUAGACAUUGUGCGCGAUCGAGUGUUUUACGCAGUUAAGUCUGCAUCUUGUCAUUUUCGACACCUGUAGUGAUAUAGUGGGACAGCAUCAAUUGUGAGUGAAUUGACGAAAGCAAAAAAAAAAAAAAACAAAAAAAAAACAACUCUGCCAGACUAAUGGAAUUGCUUCUAUUCGAGGAUCCGUCCUAUAGACGCUUCAGACGUCGAUAGUAGAGCUUGUACAAAAUUUCAUUAUUGACAACGAUCGAAGCUCUCUCUCGGAAGCGUUACCUGCCUGCCUGAUGCAAACCAAUUGUCAUGACAAGACGAAUUUUCAUCUCAACGAACUUCAACUCUCAAUAACUCAUCUUCCACUCAAAUCCAUCAUCAUUGUACAAAGAGACAUUUUCCAUUUGAUUCAAUUUUAAUAUUGGCAAACCACAUUUCAAUAUGGCCAUACCAUUCGCACUACCAUCAGAAGAUGAAGCUGAUACUCAGGGGCAACAGCUGGAACAACUUAUGCUGGACCUGUACGGAGCUUUGCAACAGGUUCUUCGCAGUAGGAGCUUCCAGCAUCCUUCCAGAAAUCAUCGGUUACCACGUCGAUCAGGUGACGUUCCUGGAUCUCGAGAGCGGUCUAUUGUUCUGGUAGAUUCCGAUUUGUCUAGAUUGCCUCUACCAGACUUAGUGCUCUCAGCUGUGGAACAACUUCCAGCAUCUACUCCUCAAGUAACUGUCUCGGCACCAAACAGUCCAACAAGAGAUGCAGCAUUCCAGUUUCCAGAGUGCAAUGUUCCAGUACCGAGUCCACGACCCAAACCACGAAGGCGUCGAUUAACAUCCGAAAGUGCAAUCCCUGAUAAAGGACCUUCAGACUCAAAGAAAUGCAACAGUUCUUGCUGUUCAGGUCACCUAAACUUAAGUGCAACGCUCAAGGAGAGGAAAUGGGUUACCGUCGGCGCUAAUCUCAGAAACAUCGCCGAUGACUUUCAUGCAGCCAAAACCAAGGAUGCGGAAAUAGAGAAGUCGAGAUUGCCUGUGCUGGGUUCGACAUUCAUAAGCAGCACCAGCAAUUCGUCGUCUACAGACAGUAUCUUAUCAAUGUUGAUCCCGGCACCGCUUCGGGAAACACUCUGGACGACAGUGGCUCUCUAUCUUGGUUGGAGACUGGUGUCCCGUUUACGAUAGAGUAACAUUGCUUGUAUUUUUGCUUGUCGUAAUGGCAGGCAUCAGUAGGCACAAUUCAACAUGCAGCAAGUAUCUCUAUCCGGAGCUAUUUGAUAACCAUUUGGCCAUCUUUGGAGAUGCGCGCAGCAAGCCGAUGAUAGCACAUGAUGUAGACAGGUUCAACCCGUCGCCUUAUGGCCAAUACUUAGAAUUUCACGGUUGAUUCCGAACAAUUUUGGAAACAUUCGGAAUUAUAAAAAAACCGAAAAUUGCAACUUCUAAUUAUACCUAUGACGUAUUUUUGUAAAUUUUUGCCAGUCAACGUACUACAAGAUGCUGAUGACUGUUUGCAGUAAAUAUACAAGAGGAACAAAGUUCGGAUUUCUCGUCAAUAAAUUUUUGCGAAGAUAGUGUUGUCGUGAAUGAAUCUUCACUUGUAAGCCGUUGAUAGUAGAUAAUUACAAGUUGAUAGAUAUUUUAAUAUCUUGUUUUAAUUUUUGCAUUCUUAAUGCGCGGUGAUAAAAAAUUCACCAAACCUUAUUCACUGAGGCCCAGAGUGCCAUGUAUCUCCCUUGGUGGUCUUACGAAAAAGUUUUUAGAUGUAAUAAUCACAAUACGAGUGAUUUUUUAGAAAUUUUGUAGUAGUGAUCGGAUCGGAAAGGGAAGAAAAGGGUUACGGGGAAGCUAAGGACGAGUUCCAAAGAGAACUUAACUCAAUAAUCAAAUUAUGAUCUCAUUAUGGAUAAAUAAAGAGAAUUAAAUAAGUUAGUGCUAUUGUAUGGUGAUAACAAAAAAAGGUCGUGUCUUGCUUCAUAGGUAAUGCAGUUUAAGAGUCAAACAAAGUUUAAUAUUAUAAUAAUAAUGAAAAGCUGAUAAACUAUAUUAAAUGAAUUUGUUUUUUUCUGAUAAGCUUAAUUAUUCACUCACGUGAUUCGAAACUAGAAAAAUUCUAUAAUUUUACCUUUUGAUUUUUAGAAAAUUUUUUUUGUCUAUAUUUUUAAAAUUCUUGUAAAUUCUUGUACUAUGUGAUAAUUCGUGAUAUAAUUUUAAUUAAUCGAAAUUUUAAUAUUUCUUGCUGAAUUAAAUUGAAAAUUUAAAUACUAUUUCUUACCAGAGAAAAUUUUAUAUAUAAACGUAAGACAAAUAAAUUAUUACCAGAUAGCUUAUGAGAUGUUGAAAUUUGUCAAGCAUCUCGUAAGUUAUAAUUACAAUUUUUGGGUACAUUUAGCCCUGAAUUUUGUACUUGUUUCUUACAGGAACAUAAUAUGGGCAGGAAUCACAAAAAAAGUGAAAAUCAUAACGUGAAGGAGUAACUUUUUAAUGUGUAAAAAGCAAAUACAAAAAUUAAAUCAGUAAUAAGUCGCGAAUAAUUAAUUAAAGUAGGUAAUCGAUAGGUCGUGGAUCGCAGCAAAAUGAUUGGCUCGCUGCGAGACCCGUGGACAGUUUUCAAAUGAUCUCCGGUAGCUUAGCUUUUAGAAGCGUCCUUAUCCAUGUUGGACGUUUAUUAUAGCACUUCGGAGGAAGCGUCUUUUACUCUAAUGUUUCUCUGUUUUUAUUCUACUUAUUCCUUAAUUUUUAUUUUUAUUCUUUUUUUUUAAUCUUCAUUUCUGCUAAAAACUCGUUUCAUUUACCUUUAAAUGAUGAAAGUCUUUUUUUUAAAAUCAAGUGAUUUCACAACCGUUUUCUUUGGCUCAUGAAUUAACUAUUAGAUUUAUAAGAAAUUCGUACAGUUACAAUUAUUUGCUCAUAUUUAGUUUCUGUUACAGAAAAAAUAUAAAAUAUAAGGUUCACGAGAACUGAUAAUAAAAUUUCAACAUGUUAGUUUUGCUCAAAUAAGUUGAACAAGUAAGUGAAUUUUUUAGCAUUUCUUCUUCCUCAUUACUUAUAGAGAUGUUGAAUUUUUGGUCCUCUCUAGGAAUGUACAAUAGCAACAAAGAAUAAUCCGAAAAUGGUUAUUAUGGAUCCACUUCUAUCUGUAUUAUUUUUCUAUACUUCUUACUUGUGCCGUAAUAUACUUGUCGCUAAUAAGUAUUCCAGUGUGUAUAGUCAUAGUAUUUAUUUAGAUAGCAUAUCUACUUCCGUAUUCCCUUUUAUCUAGGAGCCUAAAAUCGCUCUUUUAAUCGUCGCGGUCAAAUAAAUAUUCAUAUAAAACUUAAAAGUAAUUGAGAAUUUUUAUGGAUGAAACCAAAGAUAAUUUUUCGUAUUUCUGAUAUUUGCACUUAUUUUCAUUGAUUCUAAUCUUACUCGAAAAUUCAUAUUGGAAAAAGCAAAUUAAAAGUAAAGAGACAAAAAAAUUCAUGUCCUCGAUUCACAUUAAGAAAAAUUAGUCUCAAUUUCUUUUGCGAAAUAAAAGAGUGACAAAAAAUAUAUUCAAAAAUGCAAAUACUAUUGAUCUUAAUAGCAAAUAAAUCUAAAUAGUUAGUGUUCUAAGACACUAUAUUCCUUCAACCAGAAGAAUAUAAUCCUCUUUUUUAUUGCACAAGGUGAUACGACGCACAAAAAAAUGGCCCCGAGGCCAAACAGUUGCUUAUUUUAUAUGAUAGACGCGAUUUUAGAAAAAUAAGCAGAAGAAAGUAGAAAGGAAGUUAUUGUGAAGGCCUGAAAAAAAAUUUUAAGAUGAAUUUUAAAAUAAAAAAACAGCAUGUAAAUAUUAAUGCUUUUCCCGAGCCCGUCAAAUAAUCACGGUGCCGAUUGUUUAUUUGUUUUUUAAUUAUUUUUUUAUGAAAUAGAAUCAUAAUUAUUUGUAGCUAGUAGUCAGCCAUAUAAAGAAUUACUGAUAAACAUUGAUAUAUAUGGAAAACAUAAAUAUAUGAAAUAUAUAUGAAAUAUAUAUUUUAAAUGAUAUAUUUGGAAAAAACCAACUAUUGUUUCGAUAAACAAAAAAAAGUCGAAACUUUUUUUGUGAAACGAGAGUCAAAUUGCCACGUAAAGGCAAAUUUUACAAGAUUUAUAGAGAGGCGUUUGUGAAAGGUUUUUAAAAAAGCGCGAUCCAUAAUGAAGAUGAACAAAGAGGAGAGAUAUAAGCUGUAACUGUGACUAUGUGGAUCGUGGGGGGCAGGCUGUGUUUUUUAUUAUAUUUUUAGUGAUCAUUUCGCCUUACGAAAUGAAUUUCAUAGAUCUAUAAUUAUUAGGUUUCAAUCUGUUAAUUGUUGUUUUUCUUUUUUAAGAAAUCACUACACACCAAUAUUUUAAAAGAAUAUAAGUUUAACAAAAACGAAAGACAGCAGCCCGCCCACCCGAGAUCCCCGCGCGUCAAAGCGUCACUGUGAUCUCGUAAUUAUUAAUAAAUAUCUAAUUAUAAUGACGAAUAAUCAUACGAAUAUUGUAAUGCCACAAAAAAACCAUCCCUAGACCCGAUCCAAUUCCUCUCAAACCACGUGAAAGAGUCUAAGAUUGUAUUUGCAUUUAUUAUUGUGUUUUUUAAUUAUAUUUACAUGUGCAUUAGUUUGUAAUCAGAAACUCUAAUUUUAAAUACACCUUUCAAAUGAUCUCUUGGAGGAGUCGAUUGCUGUUACGCGAGCUUGCACUUCCAAUGCCCUUUGAUUUCUCUUCGGAAAAGAUUUAGUUUCUGUGUUUUUCUACCUAUUCAUAAAUAUAUUUUUGUUUAUAUACGGAUUUAUAUCAGAUUUUCUUGAUUUGGAAAACGAAGGGCAUUGGUGCUCACGCUAGUUAAUUUACUGCUAUUAUUAUUAUAUUAUUAUUAUUAUAUUAUUACAAUUCUCAUUAUUAUUAUUAUUAUUAUUAUAUUAUUAUAUUAUUAUUAUCAUCGUCUUGAUGAUUAUUAUCUAUUGUAUCGUCGCAGUUAAGUUGAACAUUACUCCGGCGUUAAAGAGGUAAUCGACUAGUCUUUACCAGACAGAGAUUCUUUUUACGAUGGGUAUUUGCUAAGAUUGAGAUUUUUCUCUGGUUUCUUUUUAAUCAUUUUACCUCUUUGUACCGUCAUGUUUUUUGAAAUCCGCGUCGACAAUGGCAAAUGCGUAUAUUUUUUCAAAACCUUUGUUCAAUUAAACAAUGUGUACCAUUCUCAUUGUCGAUUAAGACUUCAAAGAAACAUUCACAUUUUGAGAUCUUUGUACCAAUAAUAAAUUAUUGUAGUACAUGUCUAGAAGGUACUCGAUCUUUUUGUCAGUAUUUUAAUUUGGGCCUAGUCUCGCGCCGCACCAUUUACUGCCAAUAAUGCAUUUCUCGUAUCUGCUAAACAGUUAUUUCUUUUCUAAUCAAAUUUUUUUAAAAAACUUCUCUAUUGUUGAUGUUUUUAAAAUUUUCUAAACAAUUAUUGGGAAUUUUAUUAAACACGAGAUCUUGCUAAAUGAGAAAUGCCGUCCACGGCUACGAGAAAAGGCUCAUUUGAUUAUCAUACUCCAACACUUUCACGUGAAAAACUCAAACACAGGCGUAAAUUAAUUCUUUAAUGUCGUAUAAACUAUUACUAUGUUUAAAAUUUUGAAAAGAAUUUUGAGUUGCUCAGACUGUCUAAGUUUGCCAUAAAUGCGCGUUUUUUUUCAAAUGCGUAGAAACGUGCACAAAAAUGUGUCAAGGAAUCUCAUGAUAAUUUGCUCGAAUUUUAAAGGUGCCAACUGCAAUACUCUUACACAUGCACGCACGUUUAGAGCCAGAAUGAUCGAAGGGUAUAAUUUUGGUUUUAUUGUUUCUAUUGACUUUCUUUUGUGCUUCAAUCUUUUAUUUGAUCUCUCGACUCUUGUCUCUUUUAGCGCUUUAACAAAAAUGUGAUAUACAUAAUUCAAAAAAAGAAUUUUCUAUUUAACUCUGAUAAAAGAUAUGGCCAUAAUAAAAAAAAAAUUUAAUUAUCAGUUUUUCAAACUACUCAAUUUCUAAUCCAACCAUAUUUAAUAUCAAAGUGCACUUAUUUAAAAACCAUAUCUCUCGUCAGUUAGCGCAAAAGUUUUUGGGACCAGAAUCAAUUGUACCUACAAAUAAAAUUUAUUGUUUUUAAGAGCUAAUAAGGGAUACGAUUUUUAUUUUUAAUUGUCAAAAUGAAAUCCCAGUGAGACUUGGUCGAGGAUCGCAAUAAUUAGGAACUCCUUUUUUCUUAUUUCCCAAUUUUAAAGAACCUUGUAAUUUUUGUAAUGCGUUACCUGUAGCCAAAUGUCCCGUGGACCAUUGACCGCCGUGAUCUGUUCGAUUAUACGAUGGUAAUAUAGAAAAAAAAGAGAGAGAGAUAGAGAGAAAGUGACAAUGUAAGAGUGAGAGAGAUUAAACGAUUGAAAGGAAAAAAUAGAGAGAAAGAGAGAGAGACAGAAUUUAGGGAGCAAUUUAUUGUUCUUCAAUUCCUAUAAAAAAAAAGAAUGUUAUUGUCUGCUCUCUCAUACGACGCUGGCAUUAAAUUUUAAACAUCAACAAGUUUUAGUAAACACAGAUGUUUUUCUCAUCUAAGAAAUAAAUUUUUUAUAGCCGGUUUUGCUCUCAAGCUGCUGUAAGCUCGCAAUUGCCUUGUGAUAAAGUCUGGACUAUGUACCGUUUUGUUGUUGUUUCUUUUGUUUUUUUGAUUAUCAAUUUUUGAAAAAGAAUAUGAAAAAGUAAUAUAUGUAUAAAAGAAAAAAAAUAUAUGUAUAUCGAAACGAAAUUUCGUCCAGCUGACCAAUCCAAAGAAGUGACCAAAUAACGAAGAGGAAACGUUAUUUGCGAGCGUUUAUGCUGUGCUUGAGAUGCUUUAAUUUUUUUAUUUUCUAUAAUUAUAUUUGUUCACGAGAAAUUGAAAAGAAGAACGGCGGUCACGUGAUAAUGUAUCGUAUAAACAAUUCCCUUUUGCGGAUAUACGAAGAGCAGUACUAUUACUUUGUUUGUUCUGUUGUAUUAUUCUUUCGUUUUUUUUCCUAUACUUUUUUUUUAAGAAUCAAUGUUAUGACCCGUUAAUGCCUUUAAAUCGUCUAGGUGACGUUGUUUGGUUCCUAAGUAAAUUAGAGAUGGUGCCGAGAUCAGUGGCGUAACUAGAGACAAGGAACUCACCCUGAAAAAAAUUUUUCUCUGCUUUCUUUGCAAUCAUUAGUAAAUUUAUAUCUUUUCAUCCGAAUUGAUGGGUUUUCUUGUAUGAUAGUUACACCACUGGCCAAAAUUAAAAUCGGAUUUUAAGAAAGGUAACAUUUUCUUCAUGCGCAGUGCAUUACCGGUCAAAUUUUUCUUUAAUUUCUCUUUUUGUUUCUUAAUGUCUUAUGUUUGAUUCAAUUUCGUUUUGUACAGAACUGCCAGAUCUUGUACAUUCAAAAAUCUAUAGAAAACUUCCCACAAGUAUAAAUGUCAAAGAAUUGUUACAUUUUCUUCCGCAAAUAUUGUAUAAAAUUCUUUAGAGAAAUUUCACAAAAGCUUAUAAAAUUGUUUGUUAAACUUAUGUGGAAUUUCUGACAAUGUUGUGGGAAAUUUGAGUGAAAUUUUCAACAGAAAUUCCUUAAAAAUUCGUAUAAUCUCUACUUUUCCGCUAUCAAAAAGCAUUAAAUCAAGUUGUACGCUACAUUCCGGCAGUUCUGGAACUUACAACAAUUGCACUCAAAGCUUUAUAAAUAUGAACAAUUAAGUUUCUUAUUGCUGUAUAUUUAAAAAAAAAAAAAUGUGUAAAAUCGUUGAAAAGGAAAUACAAAAUAUUUUUUUAAUAGGAAUUAAAAUUAUUAUUUAAGAAAAGAAAAGAGAGAUUAUAAAGCAUUAAUAAAAAGCGCAAAGCCACUGGACCCAAUCAUACGAUGCUGUGUUAUUUAAGUCACUAUAAGACAAUACGUUAUUGCUACUUUUAUUUUAUUUUAUGACAUUUUUUUCCUGUUAUUAAUUUUAUUAUAAUUUUACGUGCUACAUGAAUACUAUAUUAUUCAUAUUAUUUGAUUUAUAUAUCAGUUUUUUAUUCUUGUAUAAUUAUAAAUUCCUCUUCCUAUCACUCCGCUCCCCCAAGUUCCGAAUUUUAACAAAACGUUUUUACGUCCGCUAUUAAGUCGAUGUAUUUUUCGAAACAAGAAUUUUACUAAAGAACAAAAGUGCGAAGUGGUUAGAAGUCCAACAGUGAAAUGUAUUAUUAAUAAUGUAAACACGGACAGGGGCAUCUCUCCGCUACCCGCAUGUCUUUCAUUGUACAGAUUUUUUCACUUUUAUAGUUAUCGUAAUGUUACGAUAUCAAUUACUCGACAACUAUACUGUUGUCGUAUUAUUAUUGUACUUGGUUUUUUAUUAAAUAAAUGUGAACACGCCGAAAGCAUA